CCGUCACAACGUGAGCGCGAUAUUAUUAACACGACUUGUUCUCGCGAAUGCUCCAAUACGUCACGAAAAUAAAUCGUUAAACUUUUUUAUUUAUUCACCUCCCCAUAAAAUAUUUUUCACUAUUCCAAGAACUGUGUGUGUAAAUAUAUUUUUUUAAUUUAAUAUUUUAGGCAAUUUUAGUCGCCCUAUUCUAUUAUUACUCCAAUUUCGCUAGUUAAUAUUAUCAGUAACACGUGCAAUAAUAUACAAAUUAUAUUUCAAAUUAGUAUUGUAUUUUUAUAUGGUUUAUUGUUGCUCUCAAUGCCAUUGAACUUUAACCAGUACCGAACUUAAUAAUAUACGUAUUUUGUUGGAUAUGGCAUUACUCAUGAGCAUAUAGUGCAAUAAGGCACACAUGAUAAUAGUUAUUAAAUAUUAUUAUUGUGUAAAAAUCGAAUUAUGUAUUCGAUAGACGAUACGAAACAAUAUGGAAUUAUCGAGAGACAACUCAAAUAUAAAUAACAUAUAAAAAACCAACGUUAAACUUUAAGUCAUCAAGGUUCCGGAGCGGGCCAUGAACGGAUCUGAUUUUGGCGAACCCAAUUCAACCAGUAACGGAAGUGACGGGGUGGUGUGGCCCGACAGCAAUCAGUUCGAGCUACAAUGGUGGCAUCAGUUGGCGUGGACGGUGCUGUUUGUGCCCAUGAUCAUGGUGGCCACGGGCGGCAACUUGAUCGUCAUAUGGAUCGUCAUGACCAAUAAGCGGAUGCGGAACGUGACCAACUACUUCCUGGUGAACUUGUCCAUAGCAGACGCUAUGGUGUCGACACUCAACGUGUCAGUAAACUUUAGUUAUAUGCUGACCAGCAACUGGACGUUCGGCACGGCAUACUGCAAGAUCAGCCAGUUCGUCGCCGUGCUGUCUAUAUGCGCUAGCGUGUUCACCCUGAUGGCGAUUUCUAUCGACAGGUACAUAGCAAUAAUUCACCCUCUGAGGCCACGUCUGGGCCGGAAGACGACGCUGAUGAUAGCCACCAGCAUUUGGGUGGUGGGUACCAUACUAUCAAUACCAAAUCUAAUAUUCUUCACCACGCACACAGAGUUGUUUCCCAACGGCGAUCAGCGGGUCAUAUGCUACGCUGAGUGGCCAGAUGGUAUCACUACAAAUAGCUUCCAGGAAUACGUCUAUAACGUUUCGUUUAUGAUAAUUACAUAUUUCAUUCCUAUUGGACUGAUGGGUUUCACUUACGCUAUGAUCGGUAACGAGCUGUGGGGAAGUCAAAGCAUCGGAGAAUGUACACAGAGGCAGCUAGAGCAUAUCAAGUCCAAGAGAAGAGUCGUGAAAAUGAUGAUCGUUGUAGUAACGAUUUUUGCAAUCUGUUGGCUGCCGUAUCACAUUUACUUCAUUGUCACAUCUCAUAUGCCGGAAUUAACUAAUGCACCGUACAUACAAGACGUAUAUUUGGCCUUUUACUGGCUAGCCAUGUCCAAUUCUAUGCACAACCCUAUCGUGUAUUGUUGGAUGAACUCCAGAUUUCGUCAAGGAUUCAAACAGUUCUUUUCUUUCAUACCAUGCAUCAAUGUGAGAACCGGCAGCUUGAUUCGACGGGAAGUUGUCACCAGCAGGUACAGCUAUAGCGGAUCCCCAGACGCCCACUAUCGGAUAGUGCGCAACGGUACCGUUUGCAUACCCUUGAACCAUCUUUGCGCCGACAGCGGAAAAGGUCACCUAAAAGUACCGGCGGCUCAUUGGAGGCAGGCGAAAAAACACAGCAUCAACAGCAGUGUUGGCGAAAUGAGCAACACCAGUUUCAGCAAUGCAGUGACAGAGAUAACCGUAGCCACCGCGAAUACAUCGACCUGUAACGAAAAUAGCAUCAACUGCAGCGAAGACAGCUUGAGGACCUGUCUAGAAAAAAAUAAAAAUUCUGCAUCCUGACGACAAUCGUCACAGAAGGAUGAAAGAAACAACGAUCUCCAUCACUGUCGAUCGUUGGCGACCGAUGUUACUACUUCGAGGAAUGCUGCGACACAACAGAUUUGGAUUUAAUGACUGGGUUAGAGAUGUGAAAUCUCUCAGUACCACUCGGAUAAUACUUUUGGAAUACAAUUAUUGUAUUAUAAAUUGAAAUUUACGUGUUGGUGUGUGUGUAUGUGUGUGUGUAUGUGUAUGCGUGCGCGUGUAUGUCCAGGUAUGUUUAUAAUGCUUGUAAAAUAUUAGUGGCUCCAAAGUCCUAAUAAUUUUUAUAGAUAAAUAUAUAUAAAUAUAGUUACUUACAA